AUGGCCGCCGACACCGUCCAGUUCAUCAACUCUCUCUCCGCCGCCGUACCCCCCGCGGCAGCUCACUCCCACGGCGACGCCGCCCAUUCCCACUCGCACGACGGCGCAAACGAGCACGGGCACACGCACGAGCAGCUCGACCAUCCCGGCAAGUAUGCGGAGCGCGACAUGCCCAACUACACCUCCCGCAACUUCGAGGAGAGGGGCUUCACGGUCGGCAUCGGCGGGCCGGUCGGGUCUGGCAAGACGGCCCUCACGCUCGCGCUCUGCCAGAAGCUACGUGCGGAAUACAACAUCGCGACGGUGACGAACGACAUCUUCACGCGCGAGGACCAAGAGUUUCUGAUCAAGCACCGCGCCCUCCCCCCCGCCCGCAUCCUCGCGAUCGAGACCGGCGGGUGCCCGCACGCCGCGAUCCGCGAGGACAUCAGCGCGAACAUGGGCGCGCUCGAGGCCCUCCAGGCGCGCUUCGCCUGCCAGCUGCUCUUCGUCGAGUCUGGCGGCGACAACCUCGCCGCCAACUACUCGCGCGAGCUCGCGGACUACAUCGUCUACGUCAUCGACGUCGCCGGGGGCGACAAGAUCCCGCGCAAGGGCGGCCCCGGCAUCUCCCAGUCCGACCUCCUCGUGAUCAACAAGACGGACCUCGCGCCGCACGUCGGCGCGUCGCUCGAGGUCAUGGACCGCGAUGCGAAGCUCAUGCGCGGGGACGGCCCGACGGUGUUCACCAGCGUUCGGGAGGGCAAGGGUGUCGAUGACGUCACGGAUCUCAUUCUGGCCGCGUGGCGCACCGCGGGGAGCCCAGGUACCCCGGGGCCAGUGCCGGACGAGUAG